AUGCAGGCGCUCGGCUACCUGGAAGCCAGCGAGUUCGUCUACACCCACGGCUGCAUCGACAAGCUGGUGAACUGGAUCCACAGCAACCUCUUCCUGCUGGGUGGGGUGGCCCUUGGCUUGGCCGUUCCCCAGUGCCGAAGACGCCGCGUGGAGCUGCUGGUCUUCGGCUACGCUUGCAAGCUCUUCCGCGACGACGAGAAGGCGCUCCAGCAGGAGCAAGGCCGGCACCUCAUCCCCUGGAUGGGAGACGCCUCCAUCAUGAUCGAUAGGUACGAUGGGCGGGGUCACCUCCAUGACCUUUCUGAAUAUGAUGCUGAAUAUUCCACCUGGAACAGAGAUUACCAGUUGUCCGAAGAGGAGGCUAGAAUAGAAGCCCUCUGUGAUGAAGAGAGGUAUUUAGCCUUGCGUACGGACUUGCUUGAGGAGGAGGCAAGGCAAGAGGAAGAAUAUAAGAGACUGAGCGAGGCUUUGGCAGAAGAUGGUACCUAUAAUGCAGUGGGGUUCACAUAUAGCAGUGACUAUUACGAUCCUUCGGAACCCACUGAGGAGGAAGAACAACCUUUGAAAUCAAAAGCUGCAGCCAAGGUAGAAAAUACAGAAGAAAAUGAAGAACCUUUUGUAGCUCCUUCGGGACUGAAUGUACCUCCUGAUGUCGAACUGCCACCCACAGCCAAAAUGCAUGCAAUCAUAGAACGGACUGCCAAUUUUGUCUGCAAGCAAGGGGCCCAGUUUGAGAUUAUGUUGAAAGCAAAGCAAGCCCGCAACUCCCAGUUUGAUUUUCUGCGGUUUGACCACUACCUCAACCCUUACUACAAAUUUAUCCAGAAAGCCAUGAAGGAGGGACGAUAUGCAGCUCAUUCGGAAAAAAAGAAAGAGGAGGAAAAUAGUGCAAGAGAUUCUGCUGAGGAAGAUGAUGACGAUGAUGGGGACAACUACCUGCAUCCGAGUCUCUUUGCUUCUAAAAAGCGCAAUAGACUUGAAGAACUUAUGAAGCCUUUAAAGGUGGUUGAUCCUGAUCAUCCUCUGGCAGUUCUGGUUCGCAAGGCUCAGGCCGACAACAAUUUGGCUGCCCCUCAGCCAGCUGAGGGAGCAGCUGUUCCAUCCUCACAAAUAGAAUAUUCCUCAGAUCCGGCGGUGGCAGCCAUGUAUUAUAGUUACUACAUGUUGCCAGAUGGAACCUACUGCCUCGCCCCUCCGCCCCCAGGCAUCGAUAUGGCCACUUACUACAGCGCACUGCCAGCCGGAGUGACCGUCUCAAGCACUACAGGGGUUGCCACGAUAACAGCGCCUCCACCUCCAGGCACAACACCACCCCCUCCCUCUUCAGAGGCGGCCGAGGAGGCUGGCAGAGUGAUGCCUGCCACAACGGCAUCCACAAGCACAAUUCCUUCUGUGGUUGCCAUCAUCCCCCCUCCUCCCGACAUCCAGCCUGUAAUUGACAAGCUAGCUGAAUACGUUGCGAGAAAUGGAAUUAAAUUUGAGACCAGUGUCCGUGCCAAGAAUGAUCCAAGGUUUGAGUUUCUGCAGCCUUGGCAUCAAUACAAUCCCUACUACGAAUUUAAGAAACAGUUCUUCCUUCAGAAAGAGGCCAAUGACAUCUCAAAGCAGGUAAUAUCUUUACCCGAGGAUGUUGCUGCUGAUCCUGCCAGUUCCGUGCCCGGAGAAGCUCAGUUUUCCACCGACCAAAUACCUGAAGAUCCUGACGGCUCUCUUGAGGGAAAUAAUAAAAAUGAUGCAAUUGCCAUCAAAGUGGCCAAUGAUGGCAAACUAGUGAAAGCCUCCUUUGCCCCCAUCUGCUUCGCCAUCAGGGCCAAAGAGAACGACAUGCUUCCCUUGGAGAAGAACCGCGUGAAACUUGACGACGACAGUGACGAGGAAGGGGAGGAAGGCAAAGACGGGCAGGAGAACGCGAGCAGCGCUUCGAACAGCAGCGCGGCCUUUGCUUCAUCCAGCAGCGCGGCCGAGGAAAAGAAGCCUCAGCUGACGCAAGAGGAACUGGAAGCCAAACAAGCAAAGCAGAAACUUGAGGACAGACUGGCAGCCGCUGCCCGGGAAAAGCUCGCCCAAGCCUCCAAGGAGUCGAAAGAGAAACAGCUUCAGGCGGAACGGAAGAGGAAAGCGGCUUUGUUCCUGCAAAACCUGAAGAACCCCUUGGCAGAUGCAGAGGUGGAAAAAAUGGAGGAGAACACGUUCAAUAUGGAGACGGUCAGCAACGUGCCCUGCACUCUGUUGUCCGGCCUCAGGCCAUUGCCAGCCUUGGAGACCAAGCUGCCUGAAAGGCCUUCCAGCAGAAGUAGAGAUCUCCCCAGAGAAGAAGAAAAGGAAAGGAAGAAGAAGAAGCACAAGAAGAGAUCCAGGUCGAGAUCGCGGUCGCCUCCUCCAAAGUACCACUCGUCGUCCAAAUCCCGGUCUCGAUCCCAUUCAAAAGCCAAACAUUCGCUUCCCACGGCUUACAGAACUGUCCGGCAUUCCAGGUCUCGCUCAAGAUCACCGAGGAGAAGGGUACACACGCCUGAAAGGCGUAGAGAAGAGAGGAGCGUCCCCACAGCCUACCGUGUAACCAACAGUCCAGGAAUGAGCAGGAGGCGUAGCCGUUCUAGAAGUCCUCACGAAAAGAAGAAAAGGAGAGCUCACGCCCACGGCAAGUCCAAAGCAAGGUCUCACUCGCCCUCCGUCUCGCCGAGCAGACACUCGGCGCACAAGAACGCCACCCAUUCCACCAGUGUCUCUCCCGUGGAGAGUCGGGGAUCUAGCCAAGAACGUUCCGGAGGGGUCUCUUUGGAAAAAGACGGCCAGAUCUCUUCCGCCAUUGUGUCGUCCGUACAAAGCAAAAUCACUCAGGAUCUUAUGGCCAAAGUGAGGGCAAUGCUGGCCGCCUCGAAGAACAUCCCAACGAGUGCCUCUUGAGCCCGGAAGCCUGAGCUCUUUCGAAGAUAACACGCGGUCGGAAGUCUCGGUUCAGAUGGUUCUUAAACUCCGUUUUGUUUGUCUAGUGGCAGAUUUCAGGGAGCGUUUGAAAUCCUUCCCUAAAUGUACAGAAGAAGAAGAAAAAAACAUCUUUGGGAGCUCACUGAAUUUUCCACACAGAACUUCCUUUUGAUAACACAGCUUUUGGGGUUGUUGUUUUUUUGUAAAUGACAGAAUUUUGACCGGUCCUUCCGCAAGAAUUUUCCACAAACGGUGUCUGUAUAUUUGUAAAUACAGCGUUUCUGGCGAGUGUUGUAUAAAUAAAAUGGCAGAGGAACCCUUUUUUUAUUA